CCCCAAAAUAAAAAUAAAAAUAAAAAUAAAAAAACUAAACAAAACAAAGUCCACCCACCAGAGAUCAAAAUCAAACCAAGAUUAUCGGCAACAAUGGCCGCGGCCAGGCUCUCAAUCGUAGCAACGACUCUACUAGCUGUGGUCCUCCUGGUCACCACCAACACAUCCGCCUACCGCACCACCAUCACGACCGUGGAAAUCGAGGGAUCCAGGCAGCAAUGCCAGCAGGAGAUCCAGAUGCAGGACAUGAACCACUGCAAGCAGUACGUGAUGCAGCAGAGCAGAAGCAGGGGCGGCCGAUCCAGAGGUGGUGAAAAUGUGCUGGCGAUGACCACCGACCCAAACGACAAAUCAGAACACUUUAAGCCUUGCUGUCAGGAGCUGGAGCAGCUGAACGAGCAGUGUCAAUGCCCAGCACUCGCACAGAUGGUGCACAAACAAAUGCAGCAGGGACAUUUGCAGGGGGAGAAAGUAUUCCACCGGGUGGUUCAGAAGCUCCAGAAUCUGCCACAGGAGUGCCAGGUGGGCUCUCAACAAUGUCAGAUUCGAGGAUCAUCAACUAGCUGGCAUUGCAUUGGAUCCGCCAUACUCAAGCGAAAGAAGGGAAAACAAAAACCACCAAAACCAUAUUUCCACCACCUCAUCUUCUUCAAUCCACCACGUUCCCAACAUGCAAUGGUCAAGAACAACCUUAAAUACCCACCACCUUCGCCAUCCUUCUUCAUCACCCCUCAAAACAAAAAGAAAAAUCAAAACCCAUAUACCUUACCGUGUUCAACAAUGGCAAAGUUCUUAAUCCCAGCAAUCACCUUUGCUCUGGUCCUUCUGAUUGCCAGCACCUCCGCCUAUCGCACCACCAUCACCACCGUCGAGGUCGACGACACGGUGGACCGGCAGGACCGGCAGUCCCAGCAGUGCCAGAGGGAAAUCCAGAGGCAGGAACUGAACAACUGCGAGGAGUAUGUCAGGCAGCAGAUGAACCAGCAGCAACAGGGACAACAGGGGCAACAGCAACAGCAGCAACGCCAACAAGAGCAGCAAUGCUGCCAGGAAUUGGAGAACCUGAAAGACCAGUGCCAGUGCGAAGCACUCGAACAGAUAUUUGAGCAACAGAAACAACAAGUGCAACAACAACAGCGACAGGGACGACAACAACAAGAGCGACAGGGCCAGCAAAAGCAGCAGCAGAUUCAGCAGGUGGCUAGGCGGCUCCAGGACUUGCCAAUUAGAUGCCAAACUGGUUCACAACGCUGUCAGAUUCAGGUCCGUUCGGUCCUCUUCGUCUAAACAUAUGGCCACGGGGUACCUCCCUUAGCCAAAAUAGUCAAUAAUAAAAGUUGAUCACGGUUUUGUGGCUAGCUAGUGUGUUUUCUCCUAAAACUCGUAUGUACGUUGAACCAAGCACCUUCUACUGGGUACUUUUUUCAAUCAAGAACGGCCUAUGAGAUCUAAAUAAAAGUCCUUUAAUUUUUGUUUCUAA